AUUUGUCCCUAAACAUGAGAGAAGCUUGUGCACAGACGUGGGUGCGAGGUUUCGCCGCGAAGCUCGGCUCGAUGACACCGGGGUAUUUAACACUAGGUGACUCGCGCGCCGCCCGCUCAGUCGCCACACAGCCGCGACGCACGCGCACCUCCACCGGCCAAUAGGGGUUGUGUCGUAUUUACACCCUAACAUUUAAACAACAUUAUAAUAAAUAGACAAGGCCGUAGCGCUGAAAGCUCCCCGCCAUGGGGCACAACUUUAUAUUAUGGUGCGCUGCUGCGUUAGCGUUAUGCGCGUACGCAAUAGCUUCACCGCGCGCUAGCGUCUCAUUUGCCCGCAGCGCCGUCGAAACGAUUCCGCAUCACGAACCCAUAGCUGCACCGAUACGUGCCUCAGUCGAAAGUAUACCGUUAAGGAGUCUCCGUGAUGAGGGAGACGAAAGACUGCCGCUACGUGACGCCGUUGAAAAGCGACCGAUCGCGCUUAAAGAACCCGAAUCUUCAUACAAAUUUGUAGAGGAUGCAGAAGUCAUCUCUGACGACGAUUUAGGAGGUUGGCAACGCUAUUACGGCGCUGCAAAUUAUCUAAACAACAGUACUCGCAACGAUGAGAGAUUACAGCUAGGAAAUGCAAACUUACAAGCGAUGCAGCAAACUGUGGCUGGACCUACAGCUCGCCGCCUGGUGGUAUGCUACAUGCAGUCCUGGGCAGCCUACAGGGCUCCACCACUGGCCUUCACUGCGGGCCUGGUACCAAAAUCCUGCACACAUCUACACUACGCCUCCGCCACGAUGCACCCCCACACCUACGCUGUUAUACCUACCAAUGAAGAUUACGAUAUCAUUAAGGGUGGUUACCGCAUUGCUACGGGCCUAAAACGCCGCAUUCCUGGUCUAAAAGUAAUGAUCACUGUUGGUGGUGAGGGUACCGAUCGUCUUUUUAGUGAGAUGGUACAAGAACAUACCAGCCGUAGCAUGUUCAUUGAAAGCGCUAUUAACUUUAUGAGAGAGCAUGACUUUGACGGAUUAGAUCUUCACUGGGUCUACCCGGGUGAAAAAGAUGAGCGAGAAAAAGAACUCUUGACAGCUCUUCUUUAUGAACUCAGGGAAAAGUUUUCUUCUUAUGGAUUUCUACUCUCAACAGUCCUGCCUCCAUUCAGGUACCAGAUAGAAGAUGGGUACGACCUUAGUGCUGUGAGUGGAGCAACAGAUUACACGAUAUUACAAGCCUGGGACAUGACCCACACCAAGCGAGACGAGCCCCCUUCAAAAGCAGUCCAGCAUAGUGCCCUGCACAGAGACCCGGGGGCGGGCCAACGUGACCAACGAUAUGACAAUAUUGAGUUUAUGGUCAAAUUCAUCCUUCGUCAUGGAAUGAAUGCAGAGAAAUUAGUUCUGGGUGUCCCUACGUACGGCAGGUCUUACACCCUGGCCCCAUCGACGUUGCCUUCGCCUGGAGCCGCUGUCAGCGGGUGGGGCGAAGAAGGCCCUUACACGCAAACUAAAGGACUACUAGCAUAUUUCGAAAUUUGUUCGGCGGAACGAGAAGGCAAAGGAAGCAGCGGAGUCGAUGAAGCAGGCAACUCUUACGCCGUGUUCGACAAUCAGUGGAUUACAUAUGAUACCCCGGCGACUGUCUUGGAAAAGAUGAAGUACGUUGUAACUACGGGACUAGCUGGAGCUGCAGCAUGGUCUAUUGAUAUGGAUGAUUUCCGAGGACUUUGCGGAGCCCCCUUCCCAAUUCUGAGCGCCAUUUCAACUACACUAAACGGAGAAACAAUCCAAACGGACCAGUCUACUUUGAAGAUUGGGUCUUGUGAGUCCGAGGUUCCAUACUUAUCAUCUGAUGAAGUAUCUUGUGCGCACUUCCACUUCUGCACUGGAGGCAUUAGUUACAGGAUGACUUGUGAAGACGAGCGCCUUUAUGAUCCUUCUACAGGUUUUUGUGGACAUCAAGACGUAGCAAAAUGUAUGCCGGGACAAAAUCUAAGGAUCAGUGUCGAAGAUGCUGCUCGCUUCUUAUCUCAAGCAUAUGAAAAUGACUUCGAAUGGAGUGAGCCAACCAAGGAAAUGUCAGCAAAUAAGGAACCCGAGCGCUUCAUUUCAGAUAUGGACAGCAAGAAAAGUAAACAAAGCGACAAGCUCGUAGUCUGUUAUAUGACAAGUUGGGCCUUCUACCGACGCGGCGAUGGAAAAUUUGUUCCAGAAAAUAUUGACACACGACUUUGCACUCACGUUGUGUAUGCUUAUGCUUCGCUCUCUCCUGACGACCUCAUCGCCAAGGAAUUCGAUCCUUGGGCAGAUGUCACAAACAAUUUGUAUGAACGAGUAACGUCCUUAAGGGAUGUCAAAGUCAUCCUCGGUUUAGGAGGAUGGACAGACUCAGCGGGAGACAAAUACUCUCGACUUGUGUCGUCAGAGGCGAAUCGGAGCAAGUUCAUUGCUAAAUUAAUCCCAUUCUUGAGAAUGCAUAACUUCAAGGGUCUGCACUUAGACUGGAAUUACCCAGUUUGUUGGCAGAGUAAUUGUAAAAAGGGUGCUGUUUCUGAUAAGCCUAAUUUCGCCAAAUUUGUGAAGGAACUAUCGAAAGCCUUACACGAUGCUGACAUGGAGCUCGGAGUAGCUCUCUCUGGUUACAAAGAGGUGAUUGAGUCUGCGUAUGACCUGCCCACUCUCUCGAGUGCGGCUGAUUUCCUAAGUACCAUGACAUAUGACUAUCACGGUGGAUGGGAGAAAUCUACUGGUCACCACACUCCGCUUGUUCCCUCACCUAAGGAUUCACUGGCUUACUAUUCAAUUGAAUACGCCAUCAAAGCUCUUAUAAGUGGAGGAGCAGAUCCAAAGAAACUUCUCCUUGGGUUGUCUUUCUAUGGACAAUCGUAUAGAUUGGCGGACAUUGAUGGAGUAAAAGGACCCGGCUCGGCUGCUGCAGGCCCCGGUGAACCAGGAGAGUUCACUAAGCAACCUGGAAUGUUGGCUUACUAUGAAAUAUGUUACAGAGUGAAGAACUUAAGAUGGAAAACUGGUAGACAAGAAAAUGCAGGCCCUUACACUUAUUCGGAUAACCAGUGGGUGGGAUACGAUGACCCGAAAUCUGUCACAGAUAAGGUGGAAUGGGCCAUGCGUCAAGGACUAGGCGGUGUGACAGCCUGGGCGAUCGACCUGGACGACUUUAGCAACCGCUGCUGCGCCGAGCCCUCGCCACUGCUGAGGGCCGCGGGCAGAGCUCUUGGCAGAGGAAUACCAUCGCCUCCUUCAGCUGCCUGCGAAAGACCUCCGGAACCAGUUACUCCAUCACCACCUACUACUACCACUGCAGAGUCUGAUGGUUCUAUCGGCGGUGGCGGCGGCGGUCACGACCACCAUCAGCACACCUCCACGACCUGGCCCAGUUGGAACCCGUCCACAACCGCGAGCACCACACAGACGUGGUGGCCGGCAGCGACCACACCAAUGACAACCACUACCUCCACCACCACCACUAAACGACCUACAACUACCACUAAACGUCCUACCAAGAAACCUUCGACAGAAUCUGGUGGUUUAGAAGGAGCAUCAUGUAACGCGGGCGAGUACCACGCGGCGCCGGGCGACUGCGAAGGCUACCUGCAGUGCGAGGGCGGCGCCUGGCGCAAGCACCGCUGCGCGCCCGGCCUGCACUGGGCCGAGAAGGUCAACCGCUGCGACUGGCCCAGCUUCGCGAAGUGCACUGAAUCAGCAAGCAGCGCAAGCACAGCAACAACAACUUUGGCCCCAAUGACGUCACGGCCUCCACCACGUCCGACCACUACAACUACAACCACCACUACUAGACGUCCUACCACCUCCAGGACUACCACCACUACUACCACCACAACACAACGACCCACGAAGAAACCUACCACAGAAGAACCAUCUGAAUCAGACGGCCCAGCUGAUGGCAUGCCUUGUGUCGGAGAGCAGUACAACUCAGUGCCUGGAGACUGCAACGCGUAUCUACACUGUGACGGCAGUGUGUGGCGGCAACAACACUGCGCACCUGGCCUGCACUGGAGCAAUGUACAGAAACACUGUGACUGGCCUAAAUACGCUAAAUGUGAAGUUCCAAAGUCGACCACAUCAGCUCCAAAACCAACGCGACCCCCACCGAGGCCACCUACGAGACCUCCUACGACAACAACAACAAAAGCUCCUGAGUCAGACUCUCCGACGCCGGACUCGUCGUGCGGCGGCAGCGACAUGCACGCGCCGGCCUCCACGUGCGACGCGUACCUGCAGUGCGUGGGCGGGCGCUGGCGCAAACAGCUCUGCCCGCCCGGCCUGCACUGGGACCGCCGAACUCAUCGCUGUGACUGGGUAGAGUUCGCUAUGUGCGAAGUGGGUAAACCCUCUAAGUCUAGCACAUCUACCUCAACCACUACUACUACAACAAGAAGACCUACCACUACUACCACUACCACGACGACUAGGAGGCCCCCCACCAAGAGGCCUACGAGACCUACGUCUACUACCACUAAGCGACCUAUCGUCGACGAACAACAAGUACCUGAUAAGAACUGUAACACUGGAACAUACCACGCCCAUCCUAAAUGCGAGAAGUUCUACGUGUGCGUGAACGGCAUGCUGAUCGCUCAGAGCUGUGCCCCCGGCCUGGUGUGGCGCCCGGACCGCAGCCAGUGCGACUUCCCCUCCGCGUCGUCAUGCACUGACAAGCGCCAGGGUGAACCCGCUGAUACCACGCAAUCACAGUCCGCUUUGAUGCAGAUUAACGAGGAACCACCUAAAUACUGCGAGAGCGGUACUUACGCACAGCUUCCUUCAGACUGCACACGAUACCUACAUUGUUUGUUCGGAAAGUUCGAAGAGUUUGCCUGCAGUGCUGGAUUACAUUGGAAUCAGGAAAAACAAAUAUGCGAUUGGCCCAAGAACGCUAAAUGCAAGCGUAAGUCUGGCCCAAUUACAACGACUAGUACAUCAACCACAACUACCACAUCUCGGCCAGUUGAGAUCGAUAUUGAGACGAGACCUCAAGCCGGACAUGAUGUUCAUGAUCAUUCGCAAGCACACCAACAUGGGUCCCAACAUUCUUACCCGAUGCCCUCAAAACCGCUCGGAAAGCCAUUCACUGGAACACAACCAGAAAUCAGCCCGAAACCUGCUCUCUUGAACUCCCGUUAUAAACUGGUAUGCUAUUACACAAAUUGGUCAUGGUAUCGUCCCGGUAUUGGCAAAUACAGUCCAGAGGAUAUUGACCCCAGUUUAUGUACACAUAUCGUCUAUGGCUUCGCUGUACUCGGCGAUGACGGUCUCAUCAAGGCUCAUGACUCCUGGUCAGAUUAUGACAACAGAUUCUAUGAGAAGGUAGUGGAGUACAAACGUUAUGGCAUCAAGGUAUCUCUAGCUAUCGGUGGCUGGAAUGACUCAGCUGGAGACAAAUACUCAAAAUUAGUAAAUGAUCCAGCGGCACGUGCUCGUUUCGUUACGCACGUCGUGAACUUCCUGCAAAAAUACGGAUUUGAUGGAUUAGACCUUGACUGGGAAUACCCUAAGUGUUGGCAGGUUGAUUGCUCUCAAGGCCCCGAUUCAGACAAAGAAGGAUUUGCAGACCUGGUUCUAGAGUUGUCUGCUGUACUGAAACCGAAGGGCCUGCUUCUAUCCGCGGCUGUAUCUCCUAGCAAAAAGGUCAUUGAUGCUGGUUAUGACGUACCCGUCCUGGCUCGCCAUUUGGAUUGGAUUGCCGUUAUGACCUACGACUAUCAUGGACAGUGGGAUAAGAAGACCGGUCACGUAGCACCCUUGUACUAUCACCCUGAAGAUGAUAACACAUAUUUCAAUGCGAAUUAUACAAUACAUUACUGGAUGCAAAAGGGUGCCCCAGCAAAUAAGCUUGUGAUGGGAAUGCCCACGUACGGACAAACAUUUACUUUGGGAGCUGAUAAAGAUUCAUACCAGUCUUUGAGUGGAAACAAGGCAGCAACAGGAUUGAAUGCACCGGCUUACGCUGGAGGCGAACCUGGAGAAUAUACGAGGGCUAAAGGUUUCUUGUCGUAUUACGAGAUUUGCGACCGAAUCAGAUACAACGGUUGGAAGGUAGUAAAGGACCCUCACCAGCGGAUGGGCCCAUAUGCAUAUAAGGACAACCAAUGGGUAUCAUUUGACGAUGUUGAUAUUAUUAAGAAGAAGGUCAACUUUAUGAAGUCUUUAGGUCUUGCUGGUGGUAUGGUGUGGGCUCUUGACCUUGACGAUUUUAGAAACAGAUGUGGUCAAGGUAAACAUCCAUUGAUAAAUGCAAUCAAGGAUAAUCUUCUUGCAUCUGGUGUAGAGGAAGAUACGAUACAUUCAGACCCUAUAUAUGAGCCACCUAAUUCGAUAGACGAGGAUUUGGAUGACAUUCAGGUGUUACCAGUCACCAAGCCGCCGAAACCGAUACAGAUAACAACGGUGAAGGAACCAGUAAAAACUACCACUAAGAGACCAACCACAACAACAACUACUACUACAGUUGCAGCUCCCACUGUAAAUGACGAGUUUAAGGUGGUGUGCUAUUACACUAACUGGGCUUGGUACAGACCUGGUCCAGGAAAAUACACACCAAGCGAUAUCGAUCCUUCACAAUGUACUCACAUCGUGUAUGCAUUUGCUGUUCUCGAUACAAAGCGUUUAGUAAUCAAACCACACGACAUCUGGUUGGACGUAGAAAACAAAUUCUAUGAAAAGGUUGUAGCUCUUAAAGAGAAAGGCGUUAAAGUUCUCCUUGGACUGGGUGGUUGGGAUGACUCAGCAAGUGACAAGUAUUCACGAAUGGUAAACAGUCCAUCCGCAAGAAGGAAAUUCGUGAUCCAUGCUCUAGACUUCAUAGAACAGUACGAGUUCGAUGGGUUGGACCUCGAUUGGGAAUAUCCUAAGUGUUGGCAAGUAAACUGCGAGAAGGGACCAAGUUCUGACAAGCAAGGCUUUGCAUCUCUUGUUAAAGAAUUACGUGCAACAUUCAAACCUCGUGGUCUUUUGCUAUCAGCUGCGGUUUCCGGCAGCAAACGAGUCAUUGAUGCUGGAUAUGACGUUCCAACGCUGUCAAAGAACCUUGACUGGAUUUCGCUGAUGACAUACGACUAUCACGGUCAAUGGGAUAAGAAGACUGGACACGUCUCACCAAUGUAUGCAAGCGACAGUGAUGCUGACAAGACUUUGAACACGAACUUCACGGUGCACUACUGGAUCGACAAGGGCGCUCAACGUGAGAAGUUAAUCCUUGGUGUGCCAUUCUACGGUCAAUCGUUCUCACUCGAAGAGAAUGCAGGAACUGGACUAGGAGUACCUUCUUAUGCUGGUGGAGAGGCUGGCGACGAAACCAGAGCCAGAGGAUUCUUAUCAUUCUAUGAAAUCUGCGAUCGCAUCAGAGUGAAGGGCUGGCACAUAUCUCGUGACCCUGGCGGUCGCAUGGGUCCCUACGCCUAUUACGACGAUCAAUGGGUUUCUUUUGACGAUGAUUUCAUGGUUCGCCACAAGGCUGAAUAUGUCCGCGCUAUGGGUCUAGGAGGCAGUAUGGCAUGGUCUCUUGACCUUGAUGACUUUAGCGGCAGAAACUGUGGUUGUGGAAAAUCACCGCUUCUCGCUACCCUUAACCACGUUUUGCGAGGUCUUGAGGAGCCACCGAGGUGUUCGCUUGAAGAGAUACAAUCAGAAAAUGGAGACACAGAUAUAGACACAGGAAUCUCAAUACCCGAACCUAAACCUGAUGUAGAAGAACCGGAAGACAUCUCAGUAGGCGCACCAGUCGAUGAAACUGGUACUGACACUGACACGGAUACUGGCAUUAACACUGACAUUGACACGGACACCGAUGACGAUAUAAGCAAUGGCGGCCCCAGUAUUGAAGGCACAUCGUGUACUGGCAACGUAUUCAAAGCAGACGAAACGAAAUGCAGCAAAUAUUACUUAUGCUUGAACGGCAAUUGGAUGCAACUUGAGUGCCCUUCACCACUGCACUGGUAUAAGAAUCACUGCGAUUGGCCUGAAAAAGCUCACUGUAAAACGAAGGCAUUGCUACGAGUAAGUGAUCAGGAACUUGAAGAAACACAAGCAGACAAACCAAUCAUAGGAUGCUACUUCACUAAUUGGGCUUUCUACAGACCCGGUAAACACAGUUUUGGACCCCAACAGGUUGACUCAUCCGUUUGCACACACAUUAUUUACACGUGGGCCCAUCUUGACGGUGCUUCAUUUAAACUGGUACCAGGAAAUCCAGAGUUGGAUGUAGAAAAUGACUUUUACGGUAAAAUCACUCAGCUGCGACAAACAGGUGUGAAAGUAAUCAUUGGUGCUGGUGGUGUAAUGGACUCCGAAGCUAGGAAAUGGGGUCGAAUGGUCUCAAACCCCGUUAACAGGAAGAUAUUCGUCAACUCUGUGUUGAAAUUCUUACGAAGAUGGAACUUUGAUGGUGUUCAGAUCGCGUGGCAAUAUCCGGGAUGCAAACAGACGCCAUGCACUAGAUCCACAGUCGACUCACGAGAAAGAGAGAACUUCGCCGACUUACUGUCAGAACUUUCGGCAACACUUCGUCCUCACGACUUGGAGCUGUCAGCUGUGGUGGCUGCAUCUCCAGAAAUAGCCGCAAUAGCGUAUAAACCCCACAUUCUAGCUUCUGAGUUAGAUUGGGUCGUCAUUGCUGCGAACGACUACUACGCAUCGUCGACUGGCAAAACAGCAUACUUGGUGCCUUUGGUAUCGAGACACAAUAACGAUGUCAACAGUUUGAACGCGUCCCUUUCAUACUGGACGAGUGUGUUACCGCCAAACCAAGUAGUACUAGGAGUACCAGCAUACGCGCGCUCCUACAGCCUGCGCGGCGCCGCCAGCGACACGCUCGGCGCGCCCGUGUCCGGCCCGGGAGAGGCCGGGAACUACACAAGACUGCCCGGGUUCUUAGCUUAUUAUGAGGUCGCAGAGAAGCUAGCAGAUAAACAAUGGAAGGAGAGCUACACACCUGCUGGUACAUUCAGCUCUGGCGGAGGCCAGUGGGCAUCGUACCUCAGCAGUAAGGAUGUCGGCAGCGCGAGUGCCGCAGCGAGACACUUCGGCGCUCGGGGGGCCGCGCUGUGGGCGCUUGAUCUAGACUUAAAGGGAGAAUGCUCUCUCCUGAAUGCACUCAGAAGGGGAAUAAACGAACCCGAUCUACCUCAAGAGACAUGCUCGCCGGCUGCGUAAACUCACUCGGCUCACAUCGGCAAUGUUCGGAAAACAUCAGCACCCUUCGGAUUGAUAGAUUUUUAAUUGAAAACUGUAAAUCUCAGAAUUAGCCCGCGUGACGUGUUGAUGAGUGCACUUGGUAUUCAGGGCCAUUUUAAUACACGCGCUCACGCUAAUCUGCAUCUUAUAAUUAAAACAAUGAAUGCGGUAACUACUUUGUAAAGAGUGCAAGGGUGCUUUUAAUAGAGUUUAAUUUAGAUUAUAUUAAAUUAUAGAUAGUUCAUUGUGAUAUUUUUGAUACAUAGGUUUACUUAUAAUGUGGACUUUUUUAAUUCCUUGAUUUUUACUUGACGGUUUGACAAAUCAUGGUAGGUGAGCAAUGGGUAUCACAAUUAGUAGGUUCCGAUUUAAGUAAAAGUGCGAGGAAUCAUUUUUCUUGUAAAUGGCAAUGAAAAUUGCAACUUGUAAGUACAUACUUGUAGAUAUAAGUUUACAGUCAACACAUUGAUACAAGGGCCAUUAAUAAAUAUCCACAAAACAGGUAGUAUUCUGAGUUUUGUACUGUAUUGUAACUAAAGCGAAAAUAUACCUACUGUAAUUUGUAUUUUUUUUUUUAUACUAUGUGUUGCCUGAAAAAUAAACAAGAAUAUUUGUAA